AUGAGCGCUCGAAAACCCCGGCGAUCAAAUAAUAAUCACAAUAACAACCAGACUCAGAACCAUAUUCCUAAUCCCACCGCCCACCUCCCCCUCACCGACUAUGAAUCGGAUGCCGCCUACUAUUCCGAUCUCCAAGAACAGACACCCAUCCCACCCCCACGAUCCAACGAAGAGGUCAACCUCUCCGUCCUCCGCCGUCAUAACCCGUCGAUCACUUCAGUCCUCUCACUCGCCCAAUAUGUGGUGGUAUACUUCUUCAGCCCGACGACCACACAAUGGGAAAAGCAUGGCGUCGAGGGGACACUCUUCGUCUGCCAGUUGACACAGGGCAGCCUGGGCGAGGAGCGAUACACAGCAUUUGUACUGAACCGUCGUGGGCUCAACAACUUCGAUUUGCCUCUCACCGACGGCGCCAAUGUGGAGGUGACCGACGAGUUCGUGAUCUUGAAGGCGGACAAGCCGGCCGACACCCAAAAGGAUACGAACGGCACAGCCACCCGCCCUAAUGGUGCCGCCUCAAAUGGUGUGAUCAUCUACGGCCUCUGGAUCUACUCCGAGCCGGCUCCCAACUCCACCGCCCAGGCACGCACCAUUAACGCGCAGAUGAUUUGCGAGUGCGCCGCCCACGGCGGCCAGAGCUUGAAGAUUGCGCGUGAGCGAGUCGAAGCUAUGCGCCAGAAUGGGAUGUAUGUUGCUGCAGCGACUGCGGACACGCAGGCUCCGCCGCCGCAGGAGGGUCAGGGUGGUGUGCCGAUGGGUCGCCAGAUAUCGCUUAAGGAGCUAUUUGGCCAGCAGCGGGCACAUGAUGAUGAGUGGAGUGUGCGGGCGCACCAUCUUCCUCCCAUGGAGCAGCAGCAGCAACAACAACAACAACAACAACAAAAACAACAGCAGCAGCAACAGCAACAAUACCCAGAGCCUCAACAGUAUCAGCAACUGCCGCAGCAGUACCAGUAUCAGCCGCAGCACCAGCAACCGCAGGGCUACCCGGGAAUGGCGCCCCCACAAGCCCAACAAUAUCCACCGCAGCAGCAACAACCUCAAUUUCAACCGCCUGUCCCACCGCAGGCUCAAGCAGAUGUACUAGGCGCCCUGUUCCGGCGUGCAGGACUUGCAUACCAAGGCAAUGGUCCCGAGGCCUAG